AAACAAAAUAAAUCAGACGGGAAUAAAGAGUUCAUUGAAAUGUGAGAAUGGCCAAUUCUUUAAGAGGUGAAGUGUUGAAUCUAUACAAAAAUCUGCUGUACCUUGGAAGGGAGUAUCCCAAAGGAGCAGACUACUUUAGAAGCCGUUUGAAAGCAGCUUUUCUAAAAAAUAAAGACGUGAAAGAUCCUGAAAAAAUUAAGCAACUAAUUGCACGAGGAGAAUUUGUUAUAAAAGAGUUGGAGGCUUUGUACUUUCUCAGAAAAUACAGAGCUCUGAAACAGCGCUACUACAGUGAUGACAAUAAAUAA